CUGCCGCGCCUUGGUAGCCGCGCGUCGUUUGCGCUUGGUAGCCAGCUGCCAUCGCUGCCAUCAUGGCGUCGUUACCAACAGUCACAGCAGCUUCUCCUGGUAACGCCUCGCCAAAGAUAGUGCAGCAAAAAAGUGUUGUAGAGAUGUUGCAAGAUGUACAAAAUAGGAUCCAGUCAUUUGGUCCAGGUCCUCACACUCCAGAUCAAGCCAAAGAAAUUGACAGGCUGAAGAGCUUUUACCACAGAUUUAAAACAGAGCAUGAUAAGGCACUUCAAGAAGGAAAAAUAGCCGUGGUAAGAACAACCACUGUUAUGACUCCUGUGACACAAGUCUUAGUGCCCACACAUGUCACCACUCCAGGCACACUACAGAUGGCAAAGAUUGCUCCGGCUACCACAGCACUACCAACACAACAAACUACUGUUCUUCCAGUAAGCACACUAACUGGUGGGGUGCCUGGUACUCAGCCGUCAUUAACCACAAAGACCAUCCUUCCACAAACCACUUUACAACAAGUUCAGACACACAAUGUGGUGAUUAACCCUGCUGGGAAUAUACAACAGUUACAAAGAACUGCAGAAGGAGCCCAACUGAGAGUGACUUCACCUCAAGCAACCCAUCUUCAAGUUACCCAAACACCUGUACAAACUGUUGCACCUGGUCAGCAGAUAGCUGUCAGAAGUGUCGCACCAGUACGGCCAGCAACCGGAAUCAAACCUGUGGUAACUGCCACAGACAGACCAAUGCAAGUGGCUCAAGGUGUCACUCAGACUGUAACUAUUCAGAGGCCAUUGGUACCCAACAAAUCACCAGUUAACAUGCCAAUAACACUGGCACCUUCUGGGACAGUAUCUGCUGCUGUGCCGACUGGGGGCCAUGUUGUUACCAACAUUGCACCAGCACCCAUAGCCUCAGGCGUAUCUAAAGGAAUCCACAAUUCAUCGCAAGCUGCUGGUGCAGCUAUGAGAGGAGACAGUAGCAGUCCGUCACCAAACCAGGUUCUGACUAAAAGACGACUACAAGACUUGCUUCAUGAAAUUGAUCCUCGUGAACAGAUGGAUGAUGAUGUCGAGGAUUUGUUGCUGCAGAUUGCAGAUGACUUUAUAGAGAGUGUUGUCACAGCUUCAUGUCAGAUUGCCAAGCAUCGGAAAUCCAACACGCUAGAAGUGCGGGAUGUACAACUACACCUAGAAAGGUGUUGGAACAUGUGGAUUCCAGGAUUUGGCAGUGAUGAACUUCGACCAUUUAAGAAACAGGCAACAACAGAGGCUCACAAACAGAGGUUGGCAUUAAUAAGGAAAUCAAUGAAGAAAUGACGUACAGGGAGAGAAUCCCUAAGCUGUGUUAUUUUGUUAACGAGACUGUUAUUUAUGACUGCCUGCAGGCUACAGAUGGCUUCAUCGUGUGUCGUCGCCAACAGCAAUCAAUGCAAUGGCUUUUAAUAUUUUUUUGGAUAUCUUGGAAACCCUAUUUUAUUAAUGCUUCGCGUGUACCUGCGUCCUAUUUUUCAUCCAUGAAAUAAUUCUGCUUUACUUGGGAUUGCUCAUACGCGUAAACAGGACAGUGGCAGAGGAUUCAAGGCAUGUACACAGUGGACACUCCAAAAACGAACUUGUAAAGAUUGAAUGAAAUUUAAGGAGCUCAGUUACAGCAUUUUGAAUUAUUUUGGCCACGUACAAGAUUGCUUAUAAAUGAAAGGAAACCUGAAAAUAAUAGUUUACUAAGAUAGAAAAACACCCAAGAGAUAGUAAUAAACCACAAAGAAACAAGGAUGGGUAAGGAUGGAGAAGAUUGACACGGAUUACAAACGACGAACUUGAAAAACUUUGGCUAAACUUUUCAAGAUACGCAAACCAUGACGUACUCCUUUAAAGACUCUAUAGCUAUGCCAUAACUAAGCUCAUUCUUUGGAUGGAUAUGUUCUGGUUCAAUUUUGCCCUUGGCACAGUCUGGUAUUCUCCUUUGUUUUAUAUUCAUUAUCAUGUAUUACCAUACACCAGAGCACAGGAAAAUACCAAAUUGUACCAAGGAUAAAAUUGAACCACAACAGUUUCUCUUAACUCAUGAAGUGCUUUGGAUCGGACCCCAGGAAAGAGAACCAUUUGUUUUCACUGGCGGGUACUCCACGACAUCAGGGUAUCAGGGAAUAUUGCAAAUCAGCAAUACAGAUUCUAUCAGAGACGAACAGUAACCCAUACAUCCUGAGUGGGGGCUUCCCUGUCCUGGGAUGUUGGUUACAAAUUUUGAAUAAAGGCCUACAUCAUAAAAAAAUCCAUUUUUUGGACGAGCCAAAGGUGGUGUUUGCCCCUGGAUAAGAGGGGUAACAGCUAGAUCCUGUUUAUUUUCGGCUUAACUUGAAAACUUUCCGAAUCCAGAAUUUCUAUUACAUGCACAUACCAAAGCGAACGUUUGAAAUAAAACACACUAAGUGGUGACCAAACGGGAUUUUUAACCAACAAACCAAAAAGGUAACCAAGAUUCUCCGCUUGUGGCCAUUGGGCGUCGCCCCGCCCCGGUCCCAGUUAUAUUAUACCAUCGGGUGCGACGUACUAAUUAGCAGUCAAAUUUAGUCUGCGAGAAACAAAGUACUGGGUACAGGUUUGCGAUCCAUGCCUGGUUGGGACCUGAACCCAAGAGCACUUUACAUCAGCCUGGCGCCAGGAUGAUAUUGUACUUUAUGUCGCUUAGCAACAACUCUGGCGAAAACCGCGGGCUCAACCAUACUGGGACCUUCCCUACUGGACUCCCCAGGGUCAUUUUAAUGUUUAAAUCGAAGAUGGUGGCCGUCGCCUGAAAGACCCGGGAACGCGGCGAAUCCUAAGAAUUUUAUAGAUAACGUUCUUUAACUAAAUAGAAGCUUUAUUACUAAACUCGUUUCAGUUCAAAGAAUUUAUAGUCAGAAUGAAAUUUAAAAUGCACUCUGGAUGUUAUCAAUAAUUUCUAUUAGACUUGUGAACAGUGCAAUCCGUGGAGUGUAAAUAAAUCAGAGAACUGUGACAGUUUCAA